AUGUCGGACACGAAUCACGAUGAGCGCGAAGUUCCCUCUGAGGAUCCCCUCGUCAACGAGGAGGGAAAUGACGAGGAGGAAAUUUCCGCCAUGAAGAAACGCGUUGCCGAGAUGGAGCAAGAAGCGGCUAAGCUACGAGAGAUGCAUGCUGCCCUGGACGAGCGAGGACAGGAAGUCAACGAGGAGCGAUCCGACAUAGACAGCCGAAGUAUCUUCGUCGGAAAUGUGGAUUACUCUGUCUCUCCCGAGGAGAUUCAAGCCCACUUCCAAAGCUGUGGUUCCAUCAACCGUGUUACCAUUUUACUCGACAAGUUCACAGGCCAGCCUAAGGGUCUUGUUGCCCAAGCCUUGGUGCUCAACGACAGCGUUCUUAAGGGACGUAACAUCAAGGUCACCCCAAAGCGAACCAACAUCCCCGGAAUGAGCCGUGGCCGCGGCCGCGGACGUGGAGGAUUGGGCGGGCCUGGACGUGGUGGAGGAUAUGGAGGAAGAGGCGGAUACGUUCCUCGAGGUGGCUUCUACCGUGGUGGCUAUCGCGGACGAGCACGAGGUGGCGGUUUCACUCCUUACUGA